AUGAGCGGUGGCGGCGUCGAGAUCGGCCUGAGCAGUGGCGGCCUCCCGCUCAGCUUCCUCGGUGCGGGCCAGGGUAGCAGCGCGGGCUGCCUCGGCUGCGCGUGCUUCUUCUGCAGCGAGGCAAGUGGCGCGUGCAGCGUCAGCGUCGACUUCGGGAGAGGAGGCAGCAGCAGCCUUGGCGGCAGCAGCUUUGGUGGCGUCGUUGUCGACACCAGAAGACAUGGCGCUAGGCCAGGCGGGCGCACAGGGUGCGGCACCGGCGGGCAGCGCAGAGGCGUGCUAGGAGCAGCACCGGUGGGAGGGGCGCGCGUACAACGGUGCCGGCAGCGGAAGGGGAAAACCUAG